AUGGUGUGGAUUAUCGUGAGACUUUCUCGCCUACUGCAAAUAAAAUGCUACAUCAAUCCGUUUGGUAUUAUGGUAGCAUUGGCGUGCAAGUACAACUUGGAAUUACUCCGCUUUGACAUUGAGCAAGCGUUUGCUCAGUCGGAAUUGGAUCACGAGGUGUUCAUGAAGUUGCCUCCUGGCUGCAAGUCGAUGUCAUGAAAGAUCGUCCGUUUAGACAAGAGUUUGGAUGGACUGAGGCAGGCAUGUAGAACAUUUCUCAAGAGAUUUGUGUCGGACCUGAAGAGGAUUAGUGUCGAACAAUCUCUAUCUGACCCCUGUGUUCUGCGUUUCAUGAUGGGAAACGACGUGAGUGAUGGGUAUGAUCGCGAUUCAUAUGGAUGACAUUCUGUAAAGAGGAAUUGAGAGGCUUGCCAAGAUAGUUGUGCAAGCGCUAGGUGUCUCUUUUCACACGAAGAAUUUGGGCGAGGUCACGUUCGUUCUUGGUUGCGCAUGUAGCCGCGACCGCGAGGCUGGCACGAUUGAGAUGUCUCAAGAGCGUUGCGUCAGGAGUGCUCUCGAGAGCUUCGAUAUUGAUCGCACCAGCUCGACCCUGAUUCCCCUGCUAGUGUUUACAGGUCCGUGAUGGAGGAGGAGAAGGCAGGGGAUGUGCCGUUCCGAGAGGU